AUGAAAGUAGUCAUAGGCGGUGCUAGUAAAGAAUUAGGAGAAGCUAUAGCUAAUGUGCUCAAUGUUAGGCCAUCUCCUGUGCAAACAUCAAAAUUUGCUGAUGGUGAAACAAAUGUAGCAGUAACAGGUGAUCUAUUUGAUCAAGAGGUAUAUGUAGUACAAUCCACAUCUUCUCCUGUGAAUGAUAGCCUAAUGGAAUUUCUGCUCAUGGUUGAUGCAAUAAAGAGAGUAGGAGCCAAAAAAAUAACCGCGGUAAUUCCUUACUAUGGGUAUAGUCGUCAAGAUCGGGUUAUUAAAGAUAAUCAUAUGAGUUCUGCCUUAAGUGCAAAAUUAGUUGCAGAUAUGAUAGGUGUGGAUAGGGUAAUAGUUAUUGAUCUGCAUUCAAGCCAAAUUGAAGGUUUUUUCAAUAUACCAAUCACUAAUUUAAACUGUUUUGAAGUAUUUGUUGAAUUUCUUUCUCAGCUUGUUUAUGGGUCAGGAGAGCAGGAUACUUGCACGUCUAUAAAAAAAGAAGAUUUAGCAAUAGUUGCACCUGAUAUCGGGGCAAUUGGAAAAGCACGUGCUUUUGCAAAGGCUAUGGAAGCAAGGCAUGAUAUAGAACUAAGUGAUAAGAUUGUUGUGGUGGACAAAUAUAGAGAGAAAGCAGGUGUAUCUCAGGUUAUGAACAUAAUCGGUGAAGUUGCAAAUAAAAAUUGUGUGAUUGUUGAUGAUCUGGUUGAUUCUGGUGGAACUUUGUGCAAUGCAGCUUCUGCGUUAAAAGAUAGAGGAGCAAAGUUUGUAGUGGCAUGUAUAACACAUGGAGUGCUUUCAGGAAAUGCGGUUGAAAAGAUAUGCUCAUCUGCUUUGGAUAAACUGGUGAUUACAGAUACUAUAUUUCCAAAAUUUACAAAAACUGAUAAAAUAGAAGUUGUUCCUAUAGCAAAUGUUUUAGCUGAUUUCAUAUUAAAGACUCAAGGAGAUAAGAAUGCCCUCUAG